AUGGCUUCCAGCUUCAGGAAGUCAAACGUGGCCUCCAUCAGCCAGAAAAGAAAGGUGGAGCCUAAGCCCGAACUCACUGAAAAUCAGAAGCAAGAAAUUCGCGAAGCGUUUGACCUCUUCGAUGCCGACGGCAGCGGCACCAUCGACGUGAAGGAGCUGAAGGUGGCCCUGAGGGCGCUGGGCUUUGAACCCAGGAAGGAGGAGAUGAAAAGGAUGAUCGCCGAGGUGGACAAGGAAGGCACAGGGAAAGUCAGCUUCAAUGACUUCUUGGCUGUGAUGACUCAGAAGAUGGCCCAGAAAGACACCAAGGAAGAAAUCCUGAGGGCUUUCAGGCUCUUUGAUGAUGAUGAAACUGGGAAGAUCUCUUUCAGAAACCUAAAACGCGUGGCCACCGAGUUGGGGGAAAACCUCACUGAUGAGGAGCUGCAGGAAAUGAUUGACGAAGCAGAUCGGGAUGGAGACGGUGAAGUGAACGAGGAAGAGUUUCUUCGGAUCAUGAAAAAGACCAGCCUCUAUUAA